GGACCAUUAACAUUGUGUCAUAAUUUCUUCACCAGAGAAUCAUUAAGCAAUGAAGGAUCACAACUCACAAGCACUAUAAAAAAAUUCGCCAUUAUUCUCCUAGCAGAACUAGCAGUAACAUGCGAACUACUCUUGUAGUUUUCCUUGUUUCAUUGCUGCAAUGCACUUCUCAAGUGGUUGUAGCAAAAGAUAUUAUGGAGUCUGGCCAAAACAUAACUUCAGAAUCUUCAUCAAGCUUUCUUGUUUCAGCUGGACAGAGAUUUGUACUAGGUUUCUUUCCUCGUCCCGAAAACACAUCAGAAAGUUACCUGGGGAUAUGGUACAACAAUCAAAUACAAUACCCUGGAAAACAAACAGUGGUAUGGGUUGCCAACAGAGAGAUUCCUGUUGUGAGUUCCAAUGUUGGAGUCUUUCAUAUUGCAGAUGAUGGAAACCUUGUACUAGAAGAUGCAUCGAGUAAACGACGCUAUUGGUCCACAUCAAUAAGCUCUGCAUCCACGGCGACGAACAAAACAAGGAGAGUGCAGCUAAUGGAUUCUGGGAAUCUGGUAUUGUUCCAUGAAGAAGAAGAUGGAGAUUACAUAUGGCAAAGCUUCCAACACCCCACAGACACGUUUCUUCCGGGAAUGCAGAUGGACAUGGAUGGCAUGGAAUUAAGGAGUGGAAACUUCACCUUCAAGAUGGUUCGGAAGAAGCGUUAUGUCAUCUACUUGAAUGAUCAACAACUCUAUUGGGAAAAUGAUGGACUCAAUUCAGAUGCACUGAGCCCUGACAAACUCGAAUAUUUAACUAACUGGACAGACAUCGAUAUCCCUACGUCUUCACGUACGGAAGGUGUGAAUCGGACGAUGAAACUUUCAGCCACUAUGAACAUAUCCAGCACUGGGACCUGGGAAACCUUGUAUAAGAAAUACAUGAACACAAGAAUUGUGAUGAAUUCUUCAGGGGAGAUACAGUAUCUGAAGUGGGAAGAGGAAGACUCUACAGGUGCAGGAUGGAUGAUAUUAUGGAGGCAGCCAUCAGACAAGUGCCAUAUAUAUAAUUUUUGCGGCAACUUUAGUAGCUGCGACAUUGCAGAUGAUUCGAGGAUCUGCAAAUGUUUACCAGGGUUUAAGGAGAAUCAGAUUCAGAGCCAUGAGGGAGGGUCCAGAUUCCCAGGAUGUAACAGAAGUACACUAUCACUGUAUGACAGCAGAGGCAUGAUGUUCAUUAACUUGACCAUGGUGAGAGUGACCGCACCAGACCUCAAAUUCCUCGCAGAAAGCGAAGAUGAAUGCCGGAUUUCGUGCCUUAACAUGUAUCUUCCCCGGUGCCAAGCUUAUUCGUAUAAUGGCUCUGUUUCAGAUUAUGAUCGUCUUCCUCUCACAUGUGGAAUUUGGACACAGGAUUUAACUACUCUUCAAGUGGUCCAAGAUGAUGGUGCUGCUACUGCUUCUCUUUCUGUUCUGGUCAACCGUUCAGAUAUAGCACCAAAGGCAAAAUCAUGUGAGCCUUGUGGUAUAUACGUAAUUCCUUAUCCCCUAAGCACUGGACCAAGCUGUGGGGAUGCCACCUACAACAAGUUCAUCUGCAACAACUCAACAGGGCAGCUUAACUUCACAAUUCCCGGUGGAGAAUCGUACCGAGUUACUUGGGUAGACCAAAAUACCAGAAGGUUUUACAUUCAAACCAGCAAUUCUUAUGGCUGUGAUUCCAGCAGUCAAAAUAGAGUCCCUGAUCCUCCCUUUAAUGUCACCAACUGGUGCUACGGAGAAGAUGAAAUUGAGGUCAGUUGGGAUCCAGCGCCAGAACCCCCCUGUAAUCACCCCACAGACUGCAAUGAUUGGCCUCAUUCAACAUGCCGACAAAAAUUUCAUCCAGGGGAAAAGAGGUGCUUUUGCCAUUCAAAAUAUCACUGGAAUGCCUCAACUCUUACUUGUACUCAAGGAGAGGAAUCAAAAAACCACAAAUUGCUAUUGGUUGUAACUCUUACCGUCAUGCUUUUGCUAGCAUUUCCAGUGAUAUUUGCAUAUGUAUGGAGAAUCAAGACAAACCCCAAGAUUGACAGGGCAAACAUUCUAAUACAGGAGAGCUUGCAUGAUAGUGAAAGACAAGUCAAAGGUUUGAUAGGCUUGGGAGGUUUAGAAGACAAACACAGUGAAAGCAUUGCAGUGCCUUUUUAUACUUACAGAAGCAUUGUAGCAGCUACUGAUAAUUUCUCUGAGUCAAACAAGCUUGGAAGAGGAGGUUAUGGACCAGUCUACAAGGGAAGGUUUCCCGGAGGCCAAGAUAUUGCUGUAAAAAGGCUUUCAAGUGUUUCAACACAAGGCUUGGAGGAAUUCAAAAAUGAGAUUGUUUUGAUUGCCAAACUCCAACAUCGGAACCUUGUUAGACUCAGAGGCUAUUGCAUAAAGGGAGAUGAGAAGAUUUUACUUUAUGAAUACAUGCCGAACAAGAGCUUGGACUCUUUCAUAUUUGACCGUUCAAGAACUUUACUCCUUGAAUGGCCAAUGCGGUUUGACAUAAUCCUAGGCAUUGCACGAGGAUUGCUUUAUCUUCACCAAGACUCUAGACUAAGAAUAAUUCAUAGAGAUCUAAAAUCUAGCAACAUUCUUCUAGAUGAGGAUAUGACUCCAAAGAUUUCAGACUUCGGCCUUGCAAAAAUAUUUGGAGGGAAAGAGACCGAAGCAAGCACAGAGAGAGUUGUGGGAACCUAUGGAUAUAUGGCACCAGAAUAUGCUUUGGACGGGUAUUUUUCAAUCAAAUCCGAUGUUUUCAGCUUUGGAGUAGUCUUAUUAGAGAUUCUCAGUGGAAAAAAGAACACAGGAUUCUUUCAAUUCAAACAAACUGCUACCCUUUUGGGAUAUGCAUGGGGACUAUGGACAGAGAAUAGGCUUAUGAAUUUAAUGGAUACAUCUUUCAGUGGAACUUGCAAUGAGAAUCAAUUUACCAAGUGUGCACAAAUUGCACUCUUGUGUGUGCAAGAUGAACCAGGUGAUCGACCAACCAUGUCAACUGUUGUGACAAUGCUUGAUAGUGAAAUUGCAACCAUCCCUAUUCCUACGCAGCCAACAUUUUAUGCAAUUAGAAGGACUACGAGCACUACUGCAUCUUCUUCGAGCAGACCAGAAACAACCAUGCAAAUUGAGAGCAGUUAUCAAGAAGGGAGAAAUGAAACGAUGAUAACUAACAUGAGAACCCUCACUUUUCUUUUUCUACUCUUCCUUCUCUAUGAUUUUUUGCAGGCGCAUUCUGUACAAGAUACUCUAAUCACCGGCCAAAGCAUACCUAGAACUAGAAAAGUUCUUGCUUCAGCCGGUGAAAAAUUCGUACUAGGCUUCUUCUCUCCUCUGGAAAACCCAGGUCAAAGUUACCUCGGAAUAUGGUACAACACCAACAGAACUUACCCAGGAAAAACAGUAAUGGUUUGGGUUGCAAAUAGAGACAAUCCUGUUCUGGGUUCCAAUGGUGGAGGAGUCUUCCAAAUUGCACAAGAUGGAAAUCUUCUAGUCACAAAUGAAUCAGGGUCAACGUUCUGGUCUUCUAAACUUGAUAAAUCCAGUUCCAAUAACAGAACAGUCAAGUUAACCGACUCUGGGAACUUAGUGUUGUUCCAGCAUGAUGAUGAUGGCAAUGGAACAAGCUACAUAAUUUGGCAAAGCUUUCAAUACCCAACAGACACGUUUCUUCCCGGAAUGGAAAUAGACAGAGCCAUGGAACUUACUUCUUGGAGAUACGACGGCGGUGGCGGUGGAAGAGAGAGCUUCUUCACCUUCAAGAUGUCUCAAACAGGAAACAACCGUUUCAGAAUCAUGGAUAGCCAAAACCAACUUCACUGGGAGAAUGAUGGACUCAAUUCCAAUGAUUUGUCCCCUGAUGUGCUUAACUACUUGACAAACUUCACCGAUGCAGAAAAUUCUCCAUCCAAGUAUGUCAACACAAACACUUCGAAAUCGUUGUACUAUUCAUACCAAGACACAAGGAUCGUGAUGAACUCUACAGGAGAGUUACAAUUUUGGAAGUGGGAAGAAUCUGAAUGGAUCAUGCAAUGGAAACAUCCUUCAAGCAUGUGCAAGAUACACAAUUUCUGUGCUAACUUUAGCAGCUGCAACGUCGAUGAUUGGAUGCCAUGCAAGUGUUUGCCAGGGUUUAGGCUCGCUUCAGAGUAUGAAACUCAGAGCUAUGAAAAGGGGAUGAAAUUCCCAGGAUGUGUGAGAAAGUCAGAAUCCCAUGGCGACAACAGAGACAUGGUGUUCCUCAAUCUACCUAAGAUAAGACUCGAUGAGUCAGAUCAAAAGGAAUAUAACACAGAGACUGAAGAAGAAUGCAAGUUUUUGUGCUUGAACGUGUCUCAUCCACAGUGCCAGGCUUAUGCAUACAACACUUCUAACGACUAUCGUGUCGUUACUUCUUCUUCGUGUAGGAUUUGGACAAAUGAUUUAACUACUCUUCAAGUAGACCAAGAGGCUGGUGGUGAUCUUGCUGUUCUUGUCAAGAGUUCAGAUAUAGGGCGAAAAGUGGCAUGUAAUCCUUGCGGAAUAUAUACAAUUCCUUAUCCGCUAAGUACAGGGCCAAACUGUGGAGACCCGGAAUACUAUAAGUUCAAUUGCAGCUACUCAACAGGGCAGGUAAGUUUCAUGAUGCCCGGAGGACAAUUGAAAAGAAUUACUUGGAUCGACGAAAAUGCCAGAAAGUUUUACAUCAAAACGGAUGAUACAUAUCAUUGUGAUUACAUCUAUCAAAAUGACAAACCUGAUCCUCCAUUUGAUGUGACUAACUGGUGCUUUAAAGAGGAUCAAAUAGAGAUCAGCUGGCAACUGCCACUCGAACGGCCUUGUAAUGAGCCUAAUGACUGCAGGGGUUUCCCCCAUUCAACAUGCAUGCCAACAAUUGAAGGGAAACACAGGUGCCUUUGUGAUCCAAAAUAUCAAUGGAAUUCCUCAAUUUCAAAUUGUAUACAAGAUGAGAAAUCAAGAAAUCAUUUGAGGGACCGAGUACAUUUGAUUCUCAUAGUAACUCUUGCUGGUGUGAUUUUUCUAGCAAGCACAAUGGUAUUUGCUUAUGUGUGGAGAAAAAAAGUGAUAGAGAGGGAAAACAUUCAAAUUCAGGAGAGCUUGUAUGACACUGAAAGGCAUGUUAAAGGUUUAAUUGGUUUGGGACGUUUAGAAGAAAAAGACAGUAAAGGGAUUGAAGUGCCAUUUUACACUUUUGGAAGCAUUGUAGCAGCUACUGAUAAUUUCUCAGAUUCAAACAAGCUUGGAAAAGGAGGUUAUGGACCAGUUUACAAGGCAAGGUUUCCUGGAGGUCAAGACAUUGCAGUAAAAAGGCUUUCAAGUGUUUCUACUCAAGGGUUAGAGGAGUUCAAGAAUGAGACUGUUUUAAUUGCCAAACUCCAACAUCGAAACCUUGUUAGACUCAGAGGCUACUGUGUAAAAGGGGAUGAAAAAAUCUUACUCUAUGAAUAUAUGCCAAACAAAAGUUUGGACUCAUUUAUAUUUGAUCGGACACGAACUCUGCUCCUGAACUGGCAAAUGCGAUUUGACAUAAUUUUGGGCAUUGCACGAGGAUUGCUAUAUCUUCACCAAGACUCUAUACUAAGAGUAAUUCAUAGAGACCUAAAAACUAGCAACAUUCUUUUAGACAAGGAUAUGACACCAAAGAUUUCAGAUUUUGGACUUGCAAAAAUAUUUGGAGGAAAAGAAACUGAAGCAAGCACAGAGAGAGUCAUGGGAACAUAUGGAUAUAUGGCACCAGAGUAUGCUUUGGAUGGAUUUUUCUCAAUCAAAUCUGAUGUUUUCAGUUUUGGUGUAGUCAUAUUAGAGAUUCUAAGUGGAAAAAAGAACACAGGAUUCUAUCAAUUCAAACAAACUGCUACCCUUUUGGGAUAUGCAUGGGGAUUAUGGACAGAGAAUAGGCUUACGGAUUUAAUGGAUGCAUCUUUCAGUGGAAAUUGCAACGAGAAUCAAUUUAUCAAGUGUUCACAAAUUGCACUCUUGUGUGUGCAAGAUGAACCAGGUGAUCGACCAACCAUGUCAAAUGUUGUGACAAUGCUUGAUAGCGAGAUUGCAACCAUCCCUACUCCUACACAACCAACAUUUUAUGCAGUUAGAAGGACUAGGAGCACUACUCCUUUUUCUUCAAGCAAACCAGAGACAACUAUGCAAGUUGAGAGCAGUUAUCAAGAAGGAAGAUAGAUAGUACAUGGUGGAUUAGUGAUACGUGCUUCAAAUGUUCGAGAUAUGAAGAGUUCAAGUAUUAUUUAGAAGAUAUUAGUUUACAUUUUUAGAAUAUUUUAAUUUAAUGUAUUUUUAUUUUUGUUUAUUUAAUUACUAGAUUGGGCCUUAUGAUUAUGGGCUUUAGGGUUUUUCUUUGUUUUAACCUAAUAAGAGGUUAUAAAUACCUCCUUAGCUAUUGUAGUCGCAGAAUAGAAUUUUUAGAGGUUUCAAAACCCCUUUUGGUUUCGUGAUGAAACCAUGGUGUGGACAAUUGAGGUUGAGGAGUCCCUCUCUUGUUACAUCGGGGAAUUGAGUAGAAGGUUGAGGAGUCCCUUCGAUUCAAUUUCCAAACUAUGGCAUUGGCAAGUUAGGUUGAGGAGUCCCUUUCUUGUUGCGUCAAGAUAUUGAGUAGAAAGUAGAGUGAUUCUCUUUGUACUCAAUUUCAACUUAUCUUUUUUGUUUUAUUUCAAUUUCAAUGUAUCUUUUCUAUUCAAUUUCAA